GUGCCCACGGAAAAUAUUUCUUUCAACAAAGUCCCGGUUGGAAAAAUGAGUCUGUCAUCCCCUCGGUAGGGCAGCAUGGUCGAAAGAUUCGGCUUUUGAAACAACAGCUUCGGUAUCCCACUCUUUCAGAGCCUAGGCCUUCGGCUUCACUUUGUCGAGGAAAUCGCUCCACCUCUAUUUACUAGCUUUAGGAACAAGAAGGUUGCUGUAGAACCACAUAGCUUGCGGUCACCAGUCCUUUGGCCUUAUAAGGUUCCGGUCCGAACCGUGGAUUUUCAAAUUUCAGCUCUAAUCCAACUCCUACUAGGAGAAGGACUCCAAUACACGACAAAAUAAAAAAAGAAUCAAUAUCUUCCAUAACCGAAACUCUUCUUAUAGAAAAUGGAUCCACCGUGAUUUCCUGUCAUAAUUAAAUAGUAAAGGUGUAUUACAUACAAUUCAGAUAUGGAGAAACCAGGAAUUGCUUUAAAUACGCAAGUCUCUUCUUCUCUUCAACAUCGCCUUCCAAGUAUUCGACACAAUACUCAGCAGGAGCCGCAGCAGCAGCACAAUGACAGGUUUCUGCAAUUUGCUCAUCUUGGCCUUGAUAAACAUGGUCUCUGCAGUGUGUAAUAAUUCUCUUGAUGUAAGAAUUACAGAGGAAGAAGAAGUAGAAGAAGUAACAGAAGACAACCAAGUUGGGUCUGAAGUUUGGAACUUUAAGCUAGAUGAACUGAAGUUAGCAUGUGGGUAUAGAUUUUCACCACAUGAUUCUGAGCUAAUUGUUCAUUAUCUUCUAAGGAAGAUCUUGGGUCAGCAACUUCCUGUAAAUAUAAUUCCAGAGAUUGAUCUCUACCAAUAUGAUGCUGAUCAACUUCCCAUUAGCGAAUUCAAACAUGGCAAGCCAGGUGAAGCAUAUUUUUUUACUCGUGUAGAGAGAAGAUAUUCAAGAGGAUCAUCCUGGAAAAGGACUACAAAGACAGGUUUCUGGAAGGCUACAGGUUCGGAUGUACAGGUAGAAUACAAAAAUAAAGUUAUUGGUUUGAAGAAAACAAUGGUUUUCUACUGGGGAAAAGCACCAGUUGGGGAGAAAAGCCCCUGGAUUAUGCAUGAAUACAGAGUCCAUCCCAAUUUUUUUUCUCAGGAUGAUGAGUAUGACAGGUUCAAGUCCAUGUUGGAGAGCUACGUGGUCUGCAGAAUUCGUAGCAAAGGCGAAGAUUCUGACUCUGAGAGCAAAAGUUUUAGGAGGAAGGCAGGAAAAAAGAAUAGAAAAUUUAAGUAAAUGAGAUUAUGUUUAGCAUUUUUUUUUUGUGAGAGAGAUGAUAUGUAGCAUAAGGAAACGACUUCAAGGUUUCUUUGUACCUACACAAUUGUUUCUGUACAUUAAGUUAACAAUAGUUUAACUUAUAAUUUUGCAAUAAAAAGAUCCC